UACAAGAAAAACACACGAGAAAGUGUUAGGCGAUCACACAGCAGAUAGUUGUUUUAUCUAACUUUUUUUUUCGAAAGAUUACUUUGAAAUUUGCAAUCUGGACCAUGUUUAGCUGACCAGUGGUGUGUGACUGUCUCCCUGCACAUUCCCCAUACAGGAUACUUGAAAAGAAGAAGAGGAAAAUAAACUUUCGUAGGACAUUUUAGGACAUCUUCCUGCUAAAAUGUCUCUAUUUCUUAUGAACAGAUACCUCGGAGAUGAUGAAGAUGAGAGUGUGUCAAACAGAGAGUCUCGGUCCAAGCUUUUGUUGGCCAAACUGCAGCAGAAGGCAAAAGAGAAGGAGAGACACAGAGAGCACCUGCCUAGAGACCAGAGUCAUCAACCUGUGGUCAAAAAGAAAAGAAAAACUGAGAAGGGCAACAAUGACGAGCCACGGAUCUCCAAAAAAAAGAAAUUAGAAGUAACACCAACAGUAUCUGUGACGUUUGACAUAUCUGACGCCGUCAGCCAUGAAGAGCCUGCCAAGGAGAAAAAGAAGAAGAUAAAGAAAGAUACAAAACAGGAGAUAAAUGAUCAAUCAGGUGGUUUGGUAAAAGAUGCAGACACUCCUGUUGCUGGAGGAGACAAACAGGUGAACAUGGCAGAAGAGGAAGAGGAGACCAAACACAACCGAACAAAACAGGACACAGAGAGGAUCUCUGCCCAGACCGGCUUCACAGUUCUUGGAGGAUUUGAGAAUAAACCGGUCCAAAAGGUGCAGAGGAUCCUGCCCCAGUGGCUUGCCAAGCCUGAUGUGAUCAACAGAGACAUUAAAAGCAAUCUGGUCCCCAUCUCUGAAAUACAAGGAAUCUCUGCUCAGCUUGUGAAGAAGCUAGAAAAUAAUGGAAUUCAACACUUUUUCCCAGUGCAAGCAGAGGUCAUCCCAGCCAUACUUGAAAGUGCACACCAAGGGCUGCUGAUUGGCCGAGGAGGUUACAGGCCCAGAGAUAUUUGUGUGUCUGCACCAACGGGCAGCGGAAAGACUCUUGCUUUUGUCAUACCUGUCCUACAGGCGCUGAUGAAGCGGGUUGUGUGUGAAGUGCGGGCUUUGGCCGUGUUGCCAACCAAAGAGCUUGCCCAACAGGUUUGCAAAGUCUUUACAACAUACGCCGAAGGCACCACUCUGAAAGUUGUCAUGCUGGCUGGUCAGAAGUCUUUUGCUGCAGAGCAGGCUUCACUCUCAGAAAUGAGAGGUGGCAUGAGGCGCAGUUUAGCAGAUAUUGUUGUGACUACUCCAGGUCGACUGGUCGAUCACAUCAACAAGAAUUCGGGCUUAUGUCUGGACCAGCUCAGAUUCCUUAUUAUUGACGAGGCCGACCGGAUGAUCGACAGCAUGCAUCAUUUUUGGCUCAGUCAAGUAACCAAGUCGGUGUACAGAUCUGGGAGUGGACCUGAAGCUGUGUCCAUCUUCAAGAGGACUGAGCCCGCGUUCGUCACAGCAGCCAGCCUGUCUCCACCCCAGAUGCCCCUGCAGAAGCUGCUGUUCUCUGCCACCCUCACCCAGAACCCAGAGAAGCUGCAGCAGCUGGGCCUUUACCAGCCCAGACUCUUCAGCUCGGUCCACAGCCACGCUAACAGCCCCACCUGCAGUCAGCUCAGCACGUCAGAGCCCACCUCCCAGACAGAGGACCGAUACAACUUCCCCGAGGGUCUGACGGAGUAUUAUGUGCACUGCACGCUGACCAAAAAGCCUCUUCUCGUCCUCCACUUUGUCCUGCGCAUGAAGUUGAGCCCCAUCCUGUGUUUCACCAACUCCAGGGAGGCCGCACACAGACUGUUCCUACUGGUGCAGCUCUUUGGCGGAGUGCAAGCCGCUGAGUUCUCCUCUCGACUCUCUCCCAGUGAGAGAAAGAGGACGCUGAAGGAUUUUGAACAGGGAAAGAUCCAGCUGUUGAUUAGCACUGACGCUGCUGCGAGAGGCAUCGACAUCAAUGGGGUCAAAUGUGUUUUGAAUUAUGAUGCACCACAAUAUGUUAGGACUUACAUUCACAGGAUUGGAAGAACAGCGAGGGCAGGAAAAUCAGGUCUGGCCUUCACCUUUCUGUUGGCAGUACAGGAGAAGAACUUCCUUAAGAUGGUGGCGGAAGCGGGCAGUCCCGGGAUCCGAAAGCACAUUGUGCAGCCCAAGAAUCUGAGGAGUAUGGAGGCCGGCUAUGAGCAGGCACUGCUGGAGCUGGCCAGCGUCAUCAAGGAAGAAAAAGCCAAGUAACAGAUCCACAUGUGCUGAAGCAAGUCCGUCACUUUCAGUGUGAGCCCGAAUGUGCCUGACGUAGUUCAUAUUGACAGUUAUUGACCUGUAUUUGAAGUCAUUUAUUUUUUUCCAAUAAAUAAUUAAUUAAU